AUGUACUCCAAUGCGAUUCCACCCCAGCUCAAGGCCCUUUCCGACGUCAAUUCUCAAUUCGAUGAGCUUUGCGAAUACUUCAAGGUCCCCGAGGGCCUUUCUGGGCCCGCAAAGAGAUUCACCCGAUACAAUCACAGUGGUGCCUUCGCCAAAGAGUUCAAGAAGCAGCGUCUUCGGAUCCUGAUUGGUCAAGUUUUGAAUGAAGAAACUCUGUACGCGAAAUAUAACAGUUCGGAGCCCAAUCUCGAGUCGCUCCGGCUACAAGUGUCGAACUAUUAUGCCCCAGAAACAGCCGACCGGAUGACACUUUUCGGGAACAUUAUUUCAGAUGGCCAAGUUCGAGCUCCCUCUCGGUGGUUGAUAAACAGCCACAGCACCCAUGGAGCCGCUCUUCGGGAUAUCUGGCGCUACCGAAUUGCAUAUCGGCUUUCAUUCAUCACUGAGAAGGUAGCCCCUACCUCAUUUAGUGUGGCACAAGCCAUGGAUAAGCCAUUUUGGAACUUUUCAAUCAUGCAUGGUCCCACUGCGGCUGAAAGAACAUUGAUGGACAAGUGGAUUAAGCAAUUUGUCGCCUUUGUGAAUAAUAACCAAGAUUACGAAUUCAGUACACGUGCGAUCGAUGAGAUGAAGGUCGCCACACCUGACGGCACUCUUGAGAUACAAAAUGAUCAACGCUUUGGAGAGCCUGGUCGAAUUGGGCGACGUAUUUGCAAAUGA